AUGGAUGAAGAAUUAAAUGUAACAUAUAUGAUAACUCUUGCUGGGCAUGUGGAAGUUCACAGAUACAGAUACCUUUAUUUUAUGAUAAUUUGUAUUGUGUAUAUGCUAAUAAUCUGCAGUAAUUCUACCAUUGUGUACCUGAUCUGGACUCACCAAAACCUCCAUGAGCCUAUGUACAUUUUCAUUGCAGCUUUGUCACUAAACUCUGUUCUGUUCAGCACUAACAUCUACCCAAAACUUUUGGUCGACUUUUUAUCUGAAAAACAGAUCAUAUCCUAUCAGGCCUGUCUUGUUCAGUAUUUUAUGUUUUAUGCUUUAGGCGGUUCAGAAUUCUUACUGUUGUCAGCCAUGGCCUAUGACAGGUAUGUGUCUAUAUGUAAACCUCUGCAAUAUCCAACUAUCAUGACAAAAACUACCAUCAAAAUCUUUCUGGCUUUAGCUUGGCUUGUGCCUGCUUGUCAGCUUGUGGCAUCAGCAACAAUGAGCGCUAAUCAAAAGCUCUGUGGCUUCAAUUUGAGAGUCAUUUUUUGCAAUAACUCAAUUUACAAACUUCAUUGUGAGACUUCAAGAACAAUUUCUGUAUAUGGUGUGUUCAUUUUGCUAAAUGUUGCACUUUUUCCUAUGCUCUUCAUAAUCUUUACAUAUGCAAAAAUAUUUAUCACAACCUAUCGAAGUUGCAAAGAAGUCAGGAAAAAAGCUGCAGAGACCUGUUUACCUCACCUGCUGGUUUUAAUUAACUUUUCCUUGUUGUGCACGUAUGAUGUUAUUAUAGUUCGACUGGAAUCUGAUAUUCCAAAAAUUGCUCGUUUAAUAAUGACUUUACAAAUAGUUUUGUAUCAUCCUCUAUUUAAUCCAAUCAUAUAUGGGAUAAAAAUGAAAGAAAUCUCUAAACACCUCAAACAUUUGCUACGUCAAGAUAAAAUGAAAUAA